AUGCGCUAUACUCCUACUGGCGAACGACUCAAGUCCCCACCUCUCGGGGACUGGGAGACUGGAACUCCUUCAGCGCUGAUUUCGGUGAAGUCGGCCUUCCUCAAUCCCAUUGUAACCGAACACAAUGAACUUGUCAACACGUUCGGGCAGGCCUUUCAGGACCUAUUCGAUGGGCUCCGGGAUUUCACGCGAGAAAUGCACAGGUGGAAGCUCCUCAAUAGAGCCACAAUGCCGAACAAGCUCGAGGAAAUGAAGCCACACUCUGACGAACACUAUGCCAAGUUCCUCGAACUCGUCGACAAGACUAUCGUAGCACUGGACAAGGAGGAGCAGGGGGAACAGCAGCAGAGCCGGUCGUCCAGUUUAUCUGAGCAACCUUCCAUCCCAGCGCCUCCACGCUCUGAUUCUGGUUCUAGCCAACACAUCGAGCCAUCCAGCAGCAUGAAGCGCACCAGAGACCAACCGGACGCCGACGAAAAUGAGAUGGACGUCGAUGACCAAGAUGGCCCGCCUGCGCCAAAGAGGACUCAGACGAGAUCACCGACUCAAUCCCGUUCUCGAAUAGCACCAGCAGCUUCGACAGAUGUUGUUGCCACUGAGGCUAACCCAGCUGCACCCAGUGCGAAGAGGCGCUGCCCCGGCGCCCAUGGCAAGAAGGCAAUCGACGAGGUCGAGGAAUGGUUCUAG